AUGGUAUCGACAACAAAACUCUUUGCUUCACCCUCUCCUCCAGCAACAGGUCUUGGACGUUACCGUAUGUUAUCGGCCACCGCCGGAGCUCACGUCUCGCCCCUCCAACUCGGAGCGAUGAGUAUCGGAGAUAAAUGGGAUGAGCUCGGAAUGGGAAGCAUGGACAAAGACUCUAGUUUCAAGCUCCUCGACGCCUUUUUUGACAACGGAGGAAACUUUAUUGACACGGCAAAUUUCUAUCAGGACGAGACGUCUGAGAUGUUUAUUGGAGAAUGGGCAGAAGCAAGGGGCAUUCGCGAUCAGCUUUUCAUAGCCACGAAGUAUUCUAAUAACAUGAAGAACAGAACUGGGGCGACCAAACAAGCCGCUUUGUACACCGGUAAUAGUGCAAAGUCGAUGCAUAUUUCAAUUGAGGGAUCUUUGAAAAAGCUUCGAACGACCUACAUUGACUUAUUUUACGUUCAUUGGUGGGACUGGGAUACAAGCAUCGAGGAAGUAAUGAAGGCGCUCCAUACACUCAUCAUCCAAGGGAAAGUUUUGUACCUAGGAAUUUCCAACACACCUGCAUGGGUGGUCUCCAAGGCCAAUCAAUACACGAGAGAUCACGACCUUACACCUUUCGUAAUUUACCAAGGACUAUGGAACAUACUUGAUCGAUCAUUCGAGAGAGAGAUAAUACCAAUGGCAAGAAGUGAAGGCAUGGCGCUCGCACCAUUCUACGUACUCGGCGGAGGAAAAAUUCGCACUGACGAGGAAGAAGAACGACGUCGCUCCAGUGGCGAGAAUGGCCGCACUGUAUUUGAUCCGAAUUGGGAACGCUCGGAUACCGAAAAGGCCAUCUGUAAGGCACUCGAGAAGGUCGCAGCUGAAGUAGGAGCAAAAAGUAUCACAUCAGUUGCCAUUGCAUAUGUCAUGCAGAAGACGACGUACGUUUUUCCAAUAAUUGGAGGACGUAAAGUCGAACAUUUGCUCUCCAAUGUCGAGGCGCUGGAUAUCUCUUUGACAAAGGAACAUAUUCAUUAUCUGGAGCAAUUUUCUCCGCUAGAUCCAGGGUUCCCUACCUGGCUGAUUAAGGACGGAACUGGACGCACCGGAAAACUGAAUGUUUUCUUCUAUAAUGAACCAAGACCCGCCCCUGAGCCUCUCCGUCCUGGUACCGACUACUAA